AGUCCAUCAGACGUCGGCGGUACACUCCUAGCUCGCAACAACAAUGCUCGCCCUCCGCCGCCUCCUCCCCGCCACCCGCUCCCUCCACUCCUCCGCAGUCGCCUGGAAGGGCAAGGCCGCGGAAGAGGUGGACAUGGACGACCUGUUCGACGACUCGGUGGCCGAGCUGCCGUCGAGCAGCGGGGGCGACCGGUCCGCGCGCCGCGCCGACUACGUGUCGCGCAUCAUGCACCCCACGCAUGGGCGGGAGGAGCACCGCGCAGGCAACCUGCGCAAGGUCGUGCAGCUGUCGGACACGCCGGAGGAGCUUGAGGAGCUCGGGCGCGUGAUCCAGCAGUGGCGCGUGAAUGGGUAUGCGGUUAGCAAGCAGACGUCGACGGAGAUUGUGGGGCGCUGCAUCAACCUUGGGCGGGUGGACCUGGCGGAGAAGUACUACCGGAACCGGGCUGACUACGGAUUGAAGCACGUUCCCGGUCACAUGGCCAUGAAGCUGAAGACCAAGCUCGCCGAGGCAAAGUCCGAGGCGCCCGCGGCGGCCGAGGCGUCGGCAUAGAGACAUAGGCAUGAUCAUGGUAUAGCAUUGCUCGAG